AUGACGGCUGAGGUCCGACCGCGAGAGCUUGAUGGUCCCGAACCCGAAGAGCACGACGAUCCCAACGCCCUCAACUCACUUUCGAAAUUCACUCUCUUUGAGACUAAGAGCCGUUUCUACAUCACAGCCUCAACGGCCGAUACCCACCGCGUCCUAAAGAUUGACCGGACCGAUCCUACCGUGUUAAGUGUGGUCGAAGAUGCAACCGUGUAUGAUAGCGCGGAGCUGGACUUGCUUUUGAGAAUGGUACAAGACGGUAAUAAGAGUCAAGGAGGAUUGGAAAAAGUACUGGAAUUCCACGGAAUUGUCGGCUUCGUCAAGUUCACUGCAGGAUGGUAUUUGAUAUUGAUCACGAAACGGUCUGUGGUGGGUCUGCUAGGAGGCCAUUAUAUCUACCAUUGUGAUGAGACAACUCUCAUAACGAUUGCGAGCAAAUCCGAGAGAACAACCCAAGAAACCAAGAUGCUACACACCUUUCAGCAUGUCGAUCUGACCAAGAACUUCUAUUUCUCAUAUUCCUAUGACAUUACCAAUUCCCUUCAAACGAAUCUGACUGUGUCGGCGCAAAAUCGAGCCUGGAAUACUAGAUUUAUGUGGAAUCAUUAUCUUCUAUCGCCAGCUUUUGAUUUGGAGGAACCAAAAGGAAGAAGUAGAUGGGUAUUACCGCUUAUAUAUGGAUUCGUAGAUCAAGCCAAAAUCAAUGUUUUCACAAGAACGGUCUAUCUAACUUUGAUAGCGAGAAGAUCCAGACAUUAUGCGGGAGCAAGAUUCCUUACAAGAGGUGCUAACGAACAUGGUCAUGUUGCGAAUGAAGUGGAGUCUGAACAGAUAGUAUCGGAACCUCUUGCGACAUCAUUCGGGAGUCACACUAGACCAGACGACAAUCACUCAAUGUCUGAAUACGGCGCUGGCUAUGGUGCAUAUACGAGUAUCGUUCAAUAUCGAGGAAGUAUACCUGUCAUGUGGCAUCAGGAAAGUAACCAAAUGACACCGCGACCUCCGAUCGAAAUCACGAUCAAAGAUCCCUUCUAUACUCCAGCAGCCAAGCACUUCGACGACCUGCUCGGACGGUAUGGAGCGCCAAUAUUUAUUCUCAAUCUCAUAAAGUCGCGAGAAACAGUGCCACGUGAAAGCAAGCUGCUAGCAGAAUAUGGCCAAUGUGUGGAAUACCUCAAUCAAUUUCUGCCAGAAGCAAAGAAGAUGAAGUAUAUUGCUUGGGACAUGUCUCAAGCUGCGAAAAGCGGGCAUCAGGAUGUAAUGGGUGUCUUGGAAGAUAUCUGUGAAGAAGCAUUACAAGCCACUAAUUUCUUUCAUGGUGGGCCGGCGAGGAACGAGGUUGGAUCUGGUCCCCACAGGGACAAGCCUCUACAUCAACACGGUAUUUUGCGUGUCAAUUGUGUGGAUUGCUUGGAUCGCACCAACGCUGCGCAAUUUGCCAUUGCUAAGCGAGCGUUCGGUCAUCAACUAUACGCUUUAGGUCUGAUCGGAACACCUCAUUUACCAUUUUCUUGUGACGCGGUGGACGUCUUGACGGAGAUGUACCAUGAUCACGGAGAUACUCUGGCUUGGCAAUACACCGGGAGUGCUCUGGUGAAUAGGGUAGACACUUACAGAAGGACCAAAGCGGCUCAGUGGAGUAGUCAUUCAAGAGAUCUCUUGGAAAAUAUCAGGAGGUUUUAUAAUAAUUCCAUGCUCGACGCGGACAAACAGUCUGCUAUCAAUCUAUUUCUUGGUGUACAGCCAACUCUUCCACGUUACGACUUGGCUCGACCGAACUAUAAAGAAUGGUUCACCCCUUCUCAUCUGGAGGAGCCAAAUUCGGAUGCACUAGCACCUAUAAAUCAAGUUUAUAGGGAAUACUACAAACCUCACAUAUUAAGUCAAUUUGGGAGGUUAUAUGCCUUUACUAUGAACUCUACUAGCAGAUUCCAUGCUAAACCGAAAAACGAGAUCUUAGCUAGUCCGUUUGAAUCUCGAGUACCGACUGAACUAGGUUCACCUACCGUUCACCAAUCUUCAUCUCGUCGUACAGCCCGAAGAUGGGCAAUACCCGUUCCUGUACCAGGAUCUUCACCGGGUCCGCAAACAUCGAAAGCAUCUUCCGAAGAGGACCAUACUCAUCAUCACCCUAAAGCUGAUACUCUCAGUAGUAGUAACGCCCAGCAUCAUGGACCGGCACAUCCAUUAGAAACUCUGGUAUCGUCUUUACUUGAUCCACCGGAUUUAGAUAAACGGAUCAAUGAUUAUGCUUGGUAUACAACUUAUCAUUCUUCAGACUUAGAAUCACAGACUCUAGGUGAAGAGAAAGAUCUUCAAUUGUAUAUCAGAGUCGCUAAAUUGGCUGAAGGAGAAGAAGUCGAUAAACAAUUCAAUCUGCUCAGUGCAGGAUCCGUAGGGGCUCUAGGACAUAACUGGACCGAAGGAAAAGGUGAAGUCGAUUUGGAUAAAAUAGAUGAAGUCGGAAAAACAAACUUGGGUUAUUAUGAUACUUGA